GCUAGACUUGACCAGUCAAUGAUUUUUUGGAUGAAAUCUGUCAGUGGAGACCAAAUGCUCUGAAAAUAUAAGGUUGUGGACCCAAAUGACAAGAAAAAUGGUUAGAGAAUCAACUUUCUUAUUAUAACUUUGGGGAACCUCAAUGCUAUUUUCCACAAAGGUUUGAUACCACACUCCGAUGCAGGAAAAGCCUCAAGGCAAGAAAACGUCGUUAGUAAAAGUGAAAUUAAGUUGAAGCAAACUGAGAAACUGAGGUCGAAUUGAAAUUUAAAUUGAACUUGGAACAGCUUUUAAGUGUUAAUUAUGAUCUCAUGUACCAAGUGUGAAGAGGAAACAAUGAUGAGAAUCGGCAUAAUUAUGAGUCUGUAUCCCAUCCAAUUACACAAAUGCAAUUUGGGCAGAGGAGAAGAUAAAGAACUACUGAUUUAUGUUGCAUAGAAAGUCCUUUGAUUUGCAAGAUAGGUUUGAAAAUAUUACUUCCUCCAUCUAUGACUGCAUGCUCCUGUUUCCUUUCUGCAACAUGUUAAUAUGUUUUCACAUGUACUUAAUAUAUUCAUUAUUGUCAACCAAAUUUCCACUUAUGGAUCAGGAUAAGAAGUGCAUAAUGAUAAAUUUGCCCAUGACAACAACAAUUGUGGUAUUGAGAAGCGUGACAGAUUUUAUUUACUUAAUUCGCAUCCUCCUUCAGUUCAGGUUGGCUUACAUUGCUCCUGAAUCUAGAGUGGUGGGAGCUGGAGAUUUAGUUGAUGAUCCAAAAAAGAUUGCAUUCAAUUAUCUUUUUGGAUACUUUAUCAUUGAUUUCUUUGUUGUCCUGCCACUUCCACAGAUAAUGAUAUUGAUGGUUUUGCCAACGACCAUUGGAGAAUCUGGUGCAAAUCAUGCAAAAAAUCUUUUACGAUCAGCCAUUCUUGUUCAGUACAUUCCCCGGUUGUGUAGAUUCUUACUUUUUCUAGCUGGUCAGUCUCCAACUGGCUUCAUAUUCGAGUCAGCGUGGGCAAAUUUCGUUAUAAAUCUUCUCAUGUUUGUGUUGUCUGGUCACGUGGUGGGCUCAUGUUGGUAUCUCUUUGGCUUACAGAGAGUUAAUCAAUGUUUUCGAGAUGCUUGUCAUGACUCCAACAUUGAGAGUUGCAUGGAAUUCAUUGACUGUGGGCAUGGAAACGGUUAUGAGAAGUUUGAAAGUGAUCCAACAUGGAAACAAUGGAUAGGACAUGUAAAUGCAACUGCCUGUUUUGGGGAAAAUGGUUUCCCCUAUGGCAUUUAUGUACAGGCUGUUAAUCUGACCACCACGUCAAGUGUAGUGACAAGAUAUGUUUACUCGUUGUUUUGGGGAUUCCAGGUAUCUCCAUGUGAUUACCUUGUCUUUAAUUUUGAAAACUUUACUGUACCUCACAUAAAUGACUCUAACAAACUUAAUGGCUUUACUUGGACUUUGUUUCUGCAUCAUUCAGUUGUUACUGCUAAGUUGUGUUCGUUAAUGCACUCGAACCCUAAGAGCAGGCAAGUUCGACAAGCAGAACGUUUUAAUUGGGCUGCCACCAGGGGGGUAAACGAAGAGAUGCUGUUGGAGAAUUUACCAGAAGACCUACAAGGAGAAAUAAGGCGUCAUCUUUUUAAAUUUCUUGAGAAAGUAAGUUUCAGCUUAACACUUGAUGAAGUUUAUUAUGGCUGCUGCAUAAUGCCGCAUCUCAAAGAUCUCAUGAAAGCGAAGAAAGACCAUGGAACUUGUCUAGGAUGAAGAA